GCCCCUUCCCUAUUGGGGCUCCUGACAGAGGACACGAGACAGCGCGUUCGGCUGCGCCUGGGCGCUGGGCUGGGCGCUCGCCGAGACUCGUUGCUGUGGGGACUCGCCUGUCAUGGAGGAGCUGGAUGGGGCGCAGGUCGCGGCGGAGGCUUCCCGGUGAAGGCGGCUCCGGGGAGAGGGAGCCGGCGGGGCGUCCGCGCCUGGGGAAGAUUGUUGAGCACAGUCUGUGCUCUGAAUUGUUAGGACCGAAGAUCAGAGUCUUCAUGUUUGUUCACAGAGAUAACACAGAUCUAAGAAAAGGGUGUGGGUCUUCUGUUUGGACUCUGUAGUUCCAGUAGUCCCAUUAUCUGUGACACUGAAGGAUAAAAGCGGCACAGACUAAAUGGAUCUAAAGACAGCAGUGUUCAAUGCAGCUCGCGAUGGCAAACUGCGGCUCCUUGCAAAGUUACUGGCAAACAAAACCAAAGAAGAGGUGGCCUUGCUGAUGUCUGAAAAAACUAGUGGUGCUACACCACUUUUAAUGGCAGCCCGUUAUGGACAUCUUGAUAUGGUGGAAUACUUGCUGGAGCAUUGCUGUGCUUCUAUAGAAGUUGGUGGCUCUGUGAAUUUUGAUGGUGAAACCAUUGAGGGGGCUCCUCCAUUAUGGGCAGCUUCUGCUGCUGGUCAUUUGAAGGUAGUCCAAUGUCUGUUGGAUCAUGGCGCAUCUGUGAACAACACAACACUGACAAAUUCAACCCCACUUAGGGCAGCCUGUUUUGAUGGGCACCUGGAAAUAGUAAAGUACCUUGUGGAGCAUAAAGCUGAUUUGGAAGUAUCAAACCGACAUGGGCACACAUGCCUGAUGAUCUCAUGUUACAAAGGACACAAAGAAAUUGCUCAGUACUUGCUUGAAAAAGGUGCUGAUGUUAAUAGAAAAAGUGUUAAAGGAAAUACUGCAUUACAUGACUGUGCGGAAUCUGGAAGCUUGGACAUCAUGAAGAUGCUUCUUAAAUACUGUGCAAAGAUGGAAAAAGAUGGCUAUGGAAUGACUCCCCUUCUGUCAGCCAGCGUGACAGGUCAUACAAAUAUUGUGGACUUCCUGACGCAGCAUGUACAGACCAGUAAGGCAGAACGUAUCAAUGCUUUGGAGCUUUUAGGAGCAACAUUUGUGGACAAAAAAAGAGAUCUUCUCGGUGCUUUGAAAUACUGGAAAAGAGCUAUGGACAUGAGGUACAGUGACAGGACUAAUAUCCUCAGCAAACCUGUGCCACAAACACUAAUUAUGGCUUAUGACUAUGCCAAGGAGGUGAAUAGUGCAGAAGAGCUAGAAAAUCUUAUUGCAGACCCUGAUGAGAUGAGAAUGCAAGCACUGUUAAUUAGAGAACGUAUUCUUGGUCCUUCUCACCCAGAUACAUCUUAUUAUAUUAGGUACAGAGGUGCAGUCUAUGCAGACUCUGGAAACUUUAAACGAUGCAUCAACCUAUGGAAAUAUGCUUUGGACAUGCAGCAAAGCAAUUUAGACCCACUGAGCCCUAUGACAGCCAGCAGUUUACUGUCAUUUGCUGAACUCUUUUCCUUCAUGCUACAGGAUAGGGCAAAAGGCCUCCUAGGCACCACCGUUACAUUUGAUGAUCUUAUGGGAAUACUGUGCAAAAGUGUCCUCGAAAUAGAUCGGGCUAUCAAACAAACUCAGUGUCCACCUGACCAAAUACAGCUGAAUAAAGCCCUUUCUAUCAUUUUGCAUUUAAUUUGCUUGCUGGAAAAAGUUCCUUGCAGUCCAGAACAGGACCAUUUUAAAAAGCAGACUAUUUACAGGUUUCUUAAACUGCAGCCUAGAGGGAAGAAUAACUUCAGCCCACUUCAUCUUGCUGUUGAUAAGAAUACUACAUGUGUGGGUCGUUACCCUGUUUGCAAAUUCCCCUCUCUACAAGUUACUGCUAUACUGGUGGAAUGUGGUGCCGAUGUAAAUGUUAGAGACUCUGAUGAUAACAGCCCCUUGCACAUUGCUGCACUGAACAACCAUCCAGACAUCAUGAAUCUUCUUAUCAAGUCAGGUUCACACUUUGACACCACAAACUUGCAUAAACAAACUGCUAGUGACUUGCUGGAUGAGAAGGAAAUGGCAAAAAAUUUGAUCCAGCCCAUAAAUCAUACUACGCUGCAGUGUCUUGCUGCUCGUGUUAUAGUGAAUCAUAGCAUAUGUUAUAAAGGGCACAUCCCUGAAAAGCUAGAGAACUUUGUGUUGCUCCAUAGAUGAUAGUAUGACAACUGUUGAAGCACGAGUUGGUGACAUUAAUUGUUGCUUUCUCAAGCACUGUUGUGAUACACCAGCAUUCGUUUAGCUUGACCUAUCGUGUUCUCAUUGGCUAAAGCAUCAUUAGCAUCAAAUCUGCAGAAUUGGCUACCCAGUAUUUAAUAUGAAUAUGCCAUAUAAUAUAUUUUGUGGAUUAUUUAGAAAUGUAAUGCCAUAUUUAGACUCUCUUAAAAUUGUCCACCAAAGGCUUGUCUACUCUGGUUUUAUUUGCCUGUUGGGUGUUUGGGACUGAGAUGAAUAUUUUUCACUGGUGUCUUUUUACCAUUACUGGUAUGUGGAUUUUAUACAGUUGGAAGGUCAUCUUUUUUGUUUUUGCUUGCGCAUUUCUACUCAAAUUCUGUUUUUUCUAUGAACUCAUUGCUAAACUGAACAAGUUAUAUGGACUUGUUAACAUUUGCAAUUACCAUAAGUGCUUUAUCUUCUCUAUGCACUGGCUUAAACAUGACUGUUGUGUGUUAGCAUAUUUCUAUGCAGCAGUUGGCCAACUUCAGCUCAAACAGCAUUUUUUGCAGUUUUAUGGAGCUUUUUCUGAGAACACUUCCUUCACAGCAUGACAAUUUUUGGAGCUACGUGUCAAUUGUCCAAACUUUUUGGUUUGACUUUUAUUCUAGCUGUAUCUGAGGUUGCUUUCUUAGUCCUCUUGAAAUAUGUGCUAAAUUUGGGAGAAAAAUCUGUUCUUGUUCUCUUGGUAAUCCAGUUGAAAUUUAAGUCUAAGUCAUUCUGAUGCAUCAUGCAGCAAGGGGAAGAGUCCUUAUCAUGUACAUCUAUCUCUUUCCUUCUGCACUAAUGUCUUGUUUGUGCUGACUGUGUGACUUAUUUAGAGAUUUUGCUCAAAUUUUUAACCUCAAACUUAAUAAUACACUUGAAUAAGAAAUUAAUUGAAUGUAUGCAGUAGUCUGAAAUUACAAAUCAACUUCUUUACCUACAAAAGGAACUAAAGCAUGUUGGUGGCAUGAUGCUUGUCAAACCAGCUUUAGACAUCUAGUAUAAUUAUAUUACCUUGGCAGAGAGCCACUCACUAUAAUGUAUCAAAAAUUCCAUAGCAGUGUCCCUUUUCUUAAUUUUAAAUAUACCCUUUUAGAUAAUUUGCAUGCAUUUUUCAUCUCUCGUAUUGUCAGCCAUACUUAAACACCAGAGGUUGUGGUGUGUACAUAGCAUCUAUUGAAAGUUACCUAUUUUUAUAAUAUUUGCACAACAGCUUGGCUAUCUCAGCAAAAAGGGCUUUUUCAACUUGAUUAGAAAUCCGCAAGUGAAGAUUCUAAAUGAGUAAGAUUCAGGUAAUUAAUAUAAUUCAGCACUUUAUUAUUGAUUCAGAGUAAAACUUAUUCAGGCACAUUAGCCCUACAAAUGUUUUUAAAUUUUUCUCAAGAGAAAAAAUUCUUUUGGGUUGAGUAAAGUACAACUUACUGCCAGGUCAGUGGUCAAGCACAGUGGACAUCAUUUGACUUGGCAUUUCUUUUCAGUGAUGGUCAGUAAACAUACCUAAUGUGGUGUGUUUUUUUUUUUUUUUUUUUAAACUACAGAAAUUCAGUGGGUUUUUCUGGACUUUCAUCAGAUUAUGAACUUGCAAAGGUGAUAGCAGAGGAAUUUCAAAAGCCAAAUUAAUGAUACUGAGGUGACUUGAACUUAGUGGUUUUUGUUUUGUUUUUUUUAUUUGAUUUUAAAAUAUUUUUGUCUUUGUUUCUGAAUUGCAUUGGUGAUGAGCACAUCCUUGACAGUGAGUAAAAAGGCAGUGCUUUCCUUACCUUUUGGCUGUUUAGGUAUUCUUUCUCUCCUUCUUCUCUUAGCUUCUGAAGGAAAGUGAAGCUGAGUGGCUGGGUCACCCUCAGAUCAUGAUGACUUUUAAACAGCCAGCAGUCAUGUCAGAAGCACUGUUUAUACAUAUUUCAAAGUUUGAAAACUGCAUUAAAAUAUAUUGAAACAAAUUUCUGUUUUGUCCCAUGGCACAUUUGCAUUGUUUGUAUGAAAAGCAAAGUUGAGUUAAUCUCACAAGCAUACAGUAGUACAUUUUGAUUCAAUUAUCUGAAUUUUUGAUUUAUAAUUAUUAAAACACAUGCAACACCAAUUGUUGAUUGUAAGAACAAGUUUCAUUACUUCAGUUUCUUAUUUUCAACAUUCUUCCUCUUUCACUUUCCAUUCUUCAAGAAGAUUUAAUUAAUAAUCAACACCACGCUGUACGAAUGAGCCACAACGUGGUUGGAACUCCAACAUGGAUAAUACAAAAAGAGAUUCUAGAACAUUAUUUUUUGUAUUCUAGAAUCUGUGCUGCUCUUCAUUAAUAGUUUACAUUUCUAACUUUAAAUGGGAUAAUGGAUAGCUAUAGUUAUUUUCUCCAAGAGUUUUGCCUUUGAGACUCCAGAACCAUGAUUUUUAAAAACAGGAAUACUGUGCUGCUAUUCAGGUGCUAACAAAAUUUCUGAAUUAGAAAACAUACCCAUGAGUUUUCUGGUUACAAAAACUUUAGGGAACACAUUAUUUUUUUUUUAAUAUAUAGUGAUCCAAUGAAAGUUGCCAAGUCUUAGUAUGAAAGUUUAUUCUACUGUUUGUUUUUAAAGAAAUGUAUGCAAAUAUCCUAAAGUAUGGGAGGGACUAAUCUCCUGUGCAUGUUUUCCCUGUAUAUCUACCAAUGUACCUCUAUCCUGACCUACAGCAAAUCUGUUGUUUCAAAUUUUGCAUGAGGCCACCUAAUGAACUUUUGUGAUCUCUGGGUAUUUAAACCUAGCUUCCAGAGGGUAAUGGCUGGCACAUUUAAACCUGUCUGCCGUUUAGCCGCCAACGUUCACAUUAUCUUCCUUAAUUUUUAUUUCACUUUCAAAUUAAAGCAGUCCAGACUCCGUUGGAAGGUAGUAAGUUAGGGUGCUGUGGGCUUUUAUUGAGCUUGUAAAUAAGGCUCUAAACUUAGUUGUCCACCAACUGAAACAAGGUUCUGAUUACUUUUUGUUCUUGGUCAUGUUACUCCUUUAAUACUGGGAAUGUAGUUAUCCUAGUGCAACGCAGUGAUGCAAAAAUGCAGCAGCACUGUUUGCUGGAAUUGAGGCAUGCUAAGGAACUAAAGGACCUUCAGAACAUGAUGAUUUAUUUUCUCUUCUCCUUUCUGUCAUUAUUUACUUAACACCCUCUUUCCCCUUCCCUCUGUUAUCUUCCUGUUACAUAUUUCUGUAACUGGAAUGUACUGUUCCAGAGGUACCAACCCAGUGCCACGUGUAUGUCAAGGACAUUACAUACAAUCUUAUGCAUUUUUGGGGUACAACACAUUUUAAAGUAUUUAAAUAGUCUACAGCAUGUUCCUAAGAAGAUGGGAUACCGAUACCCCUAAGGGGCCUGCUUGUUGAGAGAUGUGAAGGUGGAUUUUUUUAUACAUAUAUGCGCGCGCGCGCGCACACACACUCAAAGGAUUUUUUUUGUUCUUCAUCCCACUCAGUUUUCAUUGGAAUACUUCAGCCAGGGAGAUGAAAAUUACAGUGGUGUAAAAUGAAGCUUUCUUCUUCCCCCCUCGGAAUGUUACAGUUAAAUUUAUAUUUUUCUCUGUUGUUCCCAUCCUAAUAGCAAGUACUCUCAAUAUAUUUAUGCGAUCUUUGGUGGUUCUGACUGCUGUAGUACACAAAGUAAAGAUACUUCUUAAAGUAUCAGUGUGAUGGUGUUUCAGCAAAUGCAAAAGGUAGGCUUUCUGACAUUCAGAUGCUAAUUUUAAGUCAAUAUAGCGUCUGUGAAAGGGGCUGAACUGAAAGUCAUCUGUUUAUCUGCAGAUUGUGUACAGCAGUACUAAUGUAAGUUUUCCCUCUCUAUUCUAGCACUAAACAUCUUCCCUGAACUGGAGGACCAAAACAUUUGAGGGAUAGGGUAAUUUUUUAGUCUUCAUCCUUACUCAAUUCUUAGUGUCUCAGAUAGCAUUUUAAAUGGUUUUGUUGUGAUACAGACAUCCAUUCUCUAGCCACUUAAAUGAGACAGUGGAGUCAUUUCAUGUAGGUCACCAAAUAGCUGACAGAUGUUAAAUUCCAACCUGGUUUUGAGAUAUCAAUCCCAAUCUCUCAGCCAUCCAGUCUCAUUCCAAACCCAAUCUGCAACAGCUCUUGGUAGAAAAUAUAGGUAAAUAUUUCCUAGCUUCCAAAACAAUCCUCUGUUGAGAACUGCUUUUAAAACUGGUUGAAUGUUGUGGCAGACAUUCUACAAAAGGAUAAAAUCCUUAUUAGGAAAAACAUCUGUAUCACUUCAGUUUUCAUAUCAAUUGCAAAGUAAUAGUGGCUGUGUAUGUGACUACUUUAUGAUACAAAUUUACUAAAUGAUUUUUCAAAUGUAAGGAGUAGAAUGCUGACUGGAUUAUGUAAUUUUGACAAGUGAAUAUGAAGACAUUGUACUAAUGUUGAUCUUCUUUACUGUAAAGUCAAUUGACAGGGCAUGGUAAUUGGUAUUACAAAGUAAUUUUGUGGGAGAAGAGUUGAUGGCAGUACAUUGUAAAUGAGGGGAAGAGAUAAUCUGAUCUAGUUUGAAGGACACUAUUUUAUACUGUACAAAUCCCUUGGCUUCUGUAAAUGUGAAAAUAACUGUUGUAUGGAUUUGGACCCUUCGCUGAUGGCAAAGUGGAAAAGUGAUCGUUUACCUGAUUUUUAACUCAUUUUGUAUAAAUGUCCCAUCAUGUCACAGACUUCCUAUGCAGGCCUAGCUCAGUGUAUUGAAAUACUGCAAUUUCUUUUUUACGUGAAGUAAUUAAGCUUUAAUAUAAAUGUAAAAAGGGAAUAAACUUUUCUCUGCUCUUAAUCUCUUUAGGCUCCAAAAUGCAAAUUAAAUUAAAAUUGUUUUGGAGAACAAUUGGCUGAGUCUAUAUCUGUUUUCUUUAAGGGCUACUAUAGCAUCCCUAAGAAGGAGGGCAUUUUCUAUCAAGAUAAGAAUGGCUAAACACUGAUGCUACAGCUUUUGACAUUUCCUCCUGCUGCUAUUUAAUGAGUGUAUCCAAAAGGAAACUAAACAUGACUGCUGUCUGUAAUGGAACUGUUUGAGUUCAGAAUACAGGCAGCGUGGGGAAAAAAUAACUUCAAGUUUCCAAAAGACAUUGUAGCUGAUGGAGAGAAAGUACACAAAAUUAACAGACGGUUAAUAGUGCCACUUUAAAUGUUAAAUAUUACAUCUGCUUAUGUUUACAGCAUAACCAAACCUAAUUAGCAGUUUUCAGAACAAACUUUUUAGGAAAACUCAUAAUAUGUCACCAAAAUCUCGCACCCUAAACAUAAACUGGAAUGAAAACAUAGAUUUGUUUUUCUGUUGCUUGUGAUUGGUUGUCAUUUCUUACCAUUGGCACAAAAGUCUUUGUUUAUGCUUUCAGCCAUGUUCAGUGCACCAUCUAUCUAAGUCAUGUCCAUCCUCCUCUGAUGGUUUUUCCUUUAGCAUUUCCCCCUCUCCACUCCACCCCUUGCCCGCCCCGGGAAAAUAAAACAUGGUUUUAACAUGAGCCAAAUAGGAAAUAUUGAAGUGGAAAAUAAAACAAAUGUUUAUAUAAACUUGUAUUCUUAGCUAGAUUGAUGAUUAGUCUUAUGGUCUGAUGGAUAAUGAGAGAACUUAUAUUAGUAGAAAGAAUCUGGAAGUGGGACCUUGCUGCUGCUGGGCCGUGUUUAGGGGUGGAGAGCAGUUUUUGAGCAACUUGCCACUUCCAGCCUUGCUACAGCAGACUUUUAGAUGGCUGUGCUAAUUUGUACAAAUCAAAGUUAGAGUUGAAAAAUUAGAAUUGGAUCAUGCUGUCAAUUCCUUCUGCCAGCGUAGCAUGUAGUUACUGAUUGGAGGAUGUAUCAGAUAUACUGAACAUGUCUAUCCUGUGACUUCACUGUAAGACCAGGCUUCCUCAAUCUAUAAAUUUACUUCAUUAAUUUCACAUGCAUAGUCUCUUGGG